ACUAUGCGUAACGAAGCAACCAGUCCGAUGCAAUACGAAGCCCUAAUGCGCUUGACCCAAUUGGCAUUACCCUACACAGCCUUGGAUCCGCAUUGGAAUGCAUUGAGCAAUUGGCUUCUCUCGUCCGGGAUGACAUUUGUCCAGUCUCAUCUGCCCGUCGUUGAUGAAUCUGAUGACGCUCGUUUACUGGCCAUGCUUAUCACACGUACCCUGUGUCUUCUGACGCGAUGUGCUGUUCAUUCGCUCCCUGCUGGGGGAAAUCAAACACUAGAAUCUCAGUGUACCGCUUCAUUGGCUGAACUGAUCCCCUAUUUGAGAGCGGGUUCCGAGGAAGGUGUGCCUAUAAAGCCACGUAAAUUAAACCUGUGCGUUCGUCUGGCAGCCGCACAUUGUGUCGCUUGGUGUAUCAAUCAGCCAGUGUUCCCCAGCGAGAGCUUGACCACACAUCUAGGCUCGUUGUUUCACGCGAUCGUACGUUUGAUUUAUUAUGAUCGGCGGUGGGUGUCUGGGGUUGCACCUCGUGAAAUUCUCCCAUACGACCAAGCGUCUCGAAUAGCCUCUGCUGAGGAAGCCCCAUUCACUGCCCUCUCGUGGGGCGGCGUUGUUUUUGCACGAAAGUGA